GCUCUUCGCCCCCUCUGUCCGCCAUCGCCCUUCUUCGCCGUCCUUCGCCCGUCUUCGCCCCCUCGGUCGCAUCGCAUCGCUUCGUGCUUUGAAAUCCUCCCGUCGCCGACUGCCGCUCAUCUUCUGCGCUCUCCCUCGCUUCCUAUCCCCGGCCUCCAAGUUACCUCGUCUGCCCUCUUCCAAAGGCCCAUCUGAUUGAAUCUCGACUGCGAUAUCCCUCUGCCGCCAUGCCUGCUACCCAGACCUUCAAGCAAGAGCAUCCGUUUGAGAAACGGCAAUCCGAAGCCAAGAGGAUUCUGUCAAGCUACCCAGACAGGAUCCCGAUCAUCGUGGAGCGUGCCCCCACAGCCUCGAAGACCCUGCCUGAAAUGGACAAGAAAAAGUUCCUCUGUCCUGGUGAAAUCACCGUCGGCCAGUUCCUCUACGUCGUUCGCAAGCGCCUAAAGCUGGAGUCUGAGCAGGCCCUGUUCCUCUAUGUGAAGAACGUCCUGCCUCCGGUGGCGACGCCGCUCAGCACCGUCUACAACGAGCACAAGGAUGAGGACGGAUUCCUCUACGUCGUCUAUGCCACCGAAAACACAUUUGGAGGCAUCUAAGCAAUGGCCUUUGCUGAAUCCUUGGUGCGUUGCUGUCGGAUUAGGCCUGUCGAUCCAGGAAGCCUCUCGGCCCCAGUGAAAGGCCUCCUCCGACGCACGUUGCUCCUCCGAACCACCUCUCAAAGAGACCUAAAUGGCGUUUUUCAAGCUCUCCCGCCUGCCCCAGGAUUGCCUGCUUUUUGUGUCCAUAUUCCUUGCGCAUGCUCCAUUCUCUAUAUCCAAUUUUGCAGACCAGCCAGCCAACCAAACCAAGCCAAGCCAGCGCCACUCCAACUUUUGUUUUUAACGGCAUCACCUGCGAAUUGCCCGCUGCCCCUCACGCCUCCGCGGGUUGAUGGUCGAUUUUGUUUCUCGUCAGCACAUGUAUCUAUUCUCUCUCGUUGCUGCGAUGUCCGUCUUUCCGUUGUUGGCUUGGAAUACAGCGCUUCCAUGAGAAAUGGAACAUGCAUCCCGAC